AUGGAUGACAAGCAGGAACCUAUACCGGUAGAUGAGGCUGCUAUAGCACCUGAGCUACCGGUAGAAGGUGAAGUCGAAGUACCGUACAGUAUAUAUACGAGCAAAGAGAAAUGGCUCAUCGUAGCCAUGGUGGCUUUGGCGGGGUUCUAUAGCCCUCUCCCAGCAAACAUCUACUUCCCAGCCAUACCAACACUUGCCCGCGCCUUUGGAAAAUCAAUAGAAGACAUCAACCAAACCGUUACCGUGUACCUGGUAUUCCAGGGCAUCAGCCCUAUGCUGUGGGGACCCAUCAGUGACCGUUUCGGCCGCCGCCUCGUCUACCUGGUGUGUCUCGGCAUCCUCGUCGCAUCGAGCAUCGGGCUAGCCCUCUGUCCCACGAAUCACUUCUGGCUGCUCCUCUUCCUGCGCUGUUUCCAGUCCGGAGGUAGCGCGUCCACCAUUGCCUUAGGCGCAGGUGUCAUAGGCGACAUUUCCACUUCGCGAGAAAGAGGAGGAUACUUUGGCAUGUUCAACCUCGGUCCCAUGCUCGCGCCUUGCAUCGCCCCGGCCAUCGGAGGCGCGUUGUCGCAAGGAUUGGGGUGGCGAUCCAUCUUCUGGUCCAUUGUCAUCAUGGUGGCAGUCUGCCUCCUCUGCAUCGCCCUCUUUCUGCCCGAAACCCUGCGCUCCAUUGCCGGCAAUGGCAGUAUCCCUGUGCCUCGCUUGCAACGCGCUAUCCUACCCAUUGUAGGCCAAAAAGCAACGAAAGAAGCUUUUGACCCCGAUUCUCGCGCUAAGCCCAAGCAUAGCGUCAACCCAUUCGUGCUCUUCAGUUACCCUGAUGUCAUUGUGUUGCUCACUUUUACCGGCCUCGUCUACGCUGUCAACUACACUAUCACCGCCACCAUUUCUUCGGCCUUUGCAAAGAUUUACCCGGAAUUAUCGGAGACGGUGUUGGGACUUUGCUAUCUGCCUGUUGGCGCUGGUAUGAUUCUGGGUUCUACCAUGACGGGCAAGAUGCUCGAUUGGCAGUACGCGAGUAUGAAAGAGCGGUGUGGUGACAAGUUCACGAUUGAACAUGCGAGGCUGCGCAUCAUGCCCUUCUACCUGAGUCUCUUCAUCGUCUGCGUCAUAGGUUGGGGUUGGACGAUCCAGGCUAAGGCUCAUAUCGCCGUGCCGCUUAUUCUCGGCGUCAUGCUCGGUUGGACGUCAAUCGGCAUCCUCAACACGACCAUGACGCUGAACAUCGACAUUCUGCAGUCGCGCAGCUCGGGCGCUACGGCGUGUACGAAUCUUGUGCGCUGCUCGCUGGCUGCCAUCUUGGUGUCUAUCAUUGAUCGCCAAGCAGCAGCGUGGGGCGAUGGCUGGACCUAUACUUUCUGGGGCGGCAUCUGUUGUUUGUUGCUGCCGCUCAUGUUGUUGGAGAUCAAGAUGGGCCCCGUGUGGCGAAAGAAGCGGGAAGCGAGGGAAAUCGAGUCUCAAAAGGCUUGA